UCUCACCAGACGUUUUACGCUCCAUCAUUUAUCUCUCAGACUCAAAACUUCCUCUUAUCUCUGUUUCCCGUUCUGUCUUCUUCUCCUUCUUCAACUUUUUUCAUUUCUGCAUUAACAUUCCCUUUUUUUUUGUGGAAGCAAUUUUUCUCUAUCUCUCUCUCAGGAAACAUCUGCAGUUGCUCGACUAAUCCAUGGCCUUUGAUCAGUACUUUGCGCAAGGAUGGAAACAUGUUUCUGGCACGGAUCGAGAGAACUACAAGGGUUGUUUUGAUUGUAACAUUUGCUUAGACUUUGCCCAUGAGCCUGUGGUUACUCUCUGUGGCCACUUAUACUGCUGGCCUUGCAUCUAUAAAUGGCUUCACGUCCAGAGUGCCUCUCUUGCCAUUGACGAGCACCCGCAGUGCCCUGUCUGCAAGGCUGAUAUUUCCCACACCACAAUGGUUCCUCUUUACGGUCGUGGCCAAAUGGCAGAGGAAGUCGAGCUUGAAGCCAAAGCAAUGCAUCGUGACAUUAAUAUUCCUCCUAGACCUUCAGCUUGUGGUAACCAGAUUCUCGCUACUCCCAGCACACACCAACAGCAACUUCCAUAUCGAAAUCCUUACCAGCGACCGAACCAUGACCCCCUUCUUUUUGCCAAUUAUGAAGAACAUUCAGCAUCACCUUUGCUAAACCUUGCAAGAACAUCAUUCAGUAGUUUUCACCAUCCAGUGGUUGGAAUGAUCGGGGAUUUCGUGCAUGCAAGGGUCUUUGGGAACUCGGAUAACUUAUACUCUUACCGAAACUCUUACCAACUAACAGGGAGCAGUAGGAACCGACUGAGAAGACAGGAAAUGCAGGUAGACAAGUCAUUGAACAGAAUCUCCAUUUUCCUCUUCUGCUGUGUAAUUCUAUGCGUUCUUGUCUUCUAAUGAUAUUCUAUUCGUGGAAACACCCCAUUUUCAAGACAAGAAGAAAGAAAGAAAGGAAGAAGAAAGAACAAAAGAAAAAAAAGUUAAUUGUUGUCUUUGUAUUCUCUGUAUAGGCUUUUGGAAGUUAGCUCAUGGACAACUAAUAUGCUUAUAUAUACACAUACUUUUUUUUCUCUUUUA